AUGAAGAGGGGAAAGAAGAAUAUCAGGUAUUCGACACGAAUUCAGUUUACUUAUCAGAUGAUUUAUCGACUGGACUUAUUUCAACAACAUCACAAAAAGGAUUAUGAUGACAGUAGUUUCUAUAUUCUGGUAAACCUUAUAAAUUUCAUAAGAUAUCACCGAUAUAACCGUUUUUUGUACCCUUUUUUAUAA